AUGUCUUCGAUGUCUUCGUUCGGUCGCCGCAAACAGAGCCGCGAGAGUCCCAUCAGUUUCGUGCAAAUCGAUGGACUCGUCAUCCUGAAGAUCAUCAAACACUGUCACGAAGAGGGCAGCGGUUCCGGUGAAGUCCAGGGAGUGCUGUUGGGUCUCGUGGUGGACAAUAAGCUUGAGAUCACGAAUUGCUUCCCAUUUCCGCGUAAUACCGAAGAGGACGAGACCGACGAAAGUACGAACCUGGAAUACCAGUGCGUUAUGAUGAGACACCUGAGGAAUGUGAAUGUGGAUCACCUGCACGUGGGAUGGUAUCAGACAAACCCAUACGGCAGUCAAAUCAGUAAACUCGAGACCAUUGACUCGCAAUACAUGUAUCAGUCGGCCAUCGAGGAGUCGGUGGUACUCUUCUACGAUCCCAUCCGUACUUCGCGUGGAUUCCUGUCCUUAAAGGCGUAUCGCUUGACAAACGUUGCGAUGAAGUUAUGCAAAGAGGGAGAGUUCACUGCAGACACUCUGAGGAAUAAUCACAUGUCGUUCGACAAGUUCUUCGAAGAGAUUCCGGUAGUGAUAAAGAACUCACAUCUCAUAAACGCAUUGCUGUGCGAAUUGGACGAAGAGGUGGCCGUCGACUGCGGCAAACAAUUGCUAGAUAUGGGAGGCUUCGGGGUCUUAGAGAAGACAUUGCAGUCGCAGAUGAAAUGCGUGGAAGAAGUGAGUAAACACUGCAAUCACUUGAGACAACAGACGGCUAAACAGCAACACGUGGCCAAAGACAACGCUAUGAGAGCACAGAGAGGGGAACCGGCGCUCACUGAGGACGAGGUGAACAAAAUCCUCAAACCGUUGGCUCCGUUGCAACGGCUGGAAUCGCUCCUCAAUUACAGCCAAACACUGAACUAUUGUCAACAGUCGGCCUCUUAUUCCACGCAAAAUAUCUCCAAACUAUUUAUGGCUAAAGCCUUGCAAUCAAACUCUGCCGCGACCGACAAAUGA